AUGCCAAAAUUAGAGUUAAAGGAUUGUGCAUCUAUAUGUGAUAUAAAUGGUGAUGAUAAUUAUGACUCAAAAUCAGCACAUGAAUUAUUAGUAUUAGCUGGAUAUUAUAUAAGUCAUGAAGAAAUUGUUAAAUAUAUGGAAACUUUAAAUAAAUCUAAUUUAAAUUUGGGUGAUAUUGAGAAUUUUAUUAGUAAAGAUGUUGAAAAAGAUAUACCAAAAGUAGAUAUGAUUAGGAAUUUGUUAAAAUCACUUGAUAUGAACAAUUCAGAUAAUAUUGAUGUAUCUACUUUAAAAUAUGGAUUAAGUUCUCUAGGUAAUGAUAAACUUAAUGAUUUAGAAAUUAAGGAUUUAUUUAAGACAUUAGGUAUAUCUAAAGAUACAGAGAUAAUGAGUAUAAAGACAAUUGUAGAAAAUAUUGAGAAAGUUCUAAAGUUAUUUGAUUAA